AUGCCAGGGUCUCGGUCAGAGAGCCCGGAGGACAAGAAUCUGGACCUGCAGGUGGAGCGGCUGGUCCGCGCCGGCUGCGCCAUGGGCAAUAUUCGAGCCGAGGAGGCCAGCGGGGCCAAGAACGACCGCGGCGGCCUCCUGGAACUGCUGGACCUGGUGGUCGAGGGGGACACCCUGGUGGUCACCCACAUCGACCGGCUCUCCAGGGGGCUGACCUACGGGCUGCAGGUGAUCGAGGGCCUGCACCAGGCGGGAGUGGAGUUCCGGUCCCUGGCGGAAGACUUCGACACGGCCACGCCACCGGCAAGCUCCAGCUCUCGAUGGUGCUCGCCUUCAGCGAGUGGUGGCGGAACUCGAUCAGGGAGCGCUCGGUCGCGGGCCAGGCGAAGGCGCGGGCCGAGGGGCGUUUCCCUGGCCGACGGCCCGAGCCUGACCGAGCAGCAACGGGAGUACAUCCGGGUGGAGCGGUCGAAGGGAGUGAGCCAGCGGGAACUGGCCAAGCUCCUGGAGGUCAGCCGCUGGACCAUCCAACAGGUGGACGGAUAG